UGCUACUGCAAUCCGCCAAAAAACGCGAAGAAGAAGAAGACAACUGUUUAGCACAGCAGCAUGGAUGACAUGGAGAAAUGGCCAGAAAUAGAGAAAGCAGCGUCAGGGAAGAGACGUGAACUGGUUUUACAGGGUCCAGCUAUCGACGGGAGAAUUUCUUCUAACGGGGGACUCGACUCUGCUAUCUAUUCCCUCACACUGCUGAAUUAUCUGGAAGUUAGUCAGUGCCCGAGUUUGACAGAGAUCCACGAGGACAUCCAACAUCUGACAAACCUCCAAAGCCUCAUCCUGUGCAGGAACAAGCUCACAUCCAUCCCGAAUGUCGUCGGCAACCUCAAGUCCCUGAAGGUCCUGGACCUUUCAGUCAACAACCUCAGGGUUUUACCAGAGGGAAUCACUCAGUUAAGGGAGCUAAACACUCUCAAUGUGAGCUGUAACAGCCUGGAGGUCCUGCCAGAGGGACUGAGUCAGUGCACCAAGCUCUCCAACAUCAACAUCUCCAAGAAUCACAUCACCGGUUUCCCCGCCGACUUCUACUCCGAGCGCCUGGAUCUCCUCAGCACAUUGGUCGCCUCUGACAACUCCAUUGAACAGCUGAGUGGAGAUAUUCACAAGCUAGCAGCUCUAAAGGUGCUGGAUCUCUCUAACAACAAGCUGAGUGAGAUCCCCUCCGAUCUGAGCGACUGCCCCAAGCUAAAGGAGAUCAACUUCAAAAGCAACAAGCUGAACGACAAACGUCUGGAGAAGAUGGUCAAUGGCUGCCAGACCAAGUCCAUCCUCGACUACCUCAGGGGAAAAGGAAAAGGAAGACAGGGAGAGGAUGGAGGGGACGCGGACGGGGGUCGCAACACAGACAAAGGGAAAAGGCAGCAGCAGAGGAAGAAGAAGGAGAAGGUGGCAGACCAACAGGAUGAGGUGGAGGAACUGAACAAGAUGGUGGUGAGGGUUCUCCAUGUUUCGGACGCUCCUACAGCACUCACAGUCAAAGUGAGUGCAGAGGUGAAAGAUGUUCGACCCUACUUGGUGUGCUGUGUGGUCAGCGGCAUGAACCUAAAGCCUGGGAAUGCUCUGAAACGGUUCCUGGUGGCUCAGACGAAGCUUCAUGAUGACUUGUGUGGUAAAAGGACCACUGCAACCAUUGCAACUCAUGAUGUGCAGCUUCUCAAAGCUCCCCUGAUGUAUGAUGUCAAACCACCUACCCAGCUGAAGAUUAUGCCGCUGGGUCGGAAGGAGAUGACGGCCAUCGAGCUGAUAAGACACCUGCAGCUGGAGGCUGACGAGCUGAGGAAGCAGAAGAAGAGGCAGAAUGUCACUGGUCUCCACAAAUACCUGCAGAUUUUGCAAGAUAAAUCGCUCUAUCCCUGUCUAGUGGAUGCAGAGGGACAUGUGAUCUCAUUCCCACCUAUUACCAACAGUGAGAAAACCAAGAUCAAGAAGACGACCAAAGAAUUGUUCUUGGAGGUGACGAGUGCAGUCAGCCUGCAGACCUGUAAAGACAUUAUGGACGCUCUGAUUGUAAAAAUGGCAGAGUUGAACAAGUUCACAGCAGAGCAUCAGGAGGAGGCGGGGUCAGAUGGAGAAGGGGACGGCCCACAAGAGCCGGCCGCCAGCCGUGAGACCUCCAGCGAACUGAUCGUCCAGCAGGUCCGAACAGUCGACCAUGACGGGAACCUGAAGGUUGUUUACCCGUCAAAGACCGACCUCUCCAAAGAUGUCGGCAACUUGACCGUCAUUUGGUAGUCGUGCUGCGGAUAACCUCUGAUGUUUACGCUCACUCACGUGUUUCAUGAAGUCAUUUUAACAGAUUAACGUUGUGGGACAUUAAGGCUUACGUUUUGCAACAAUUUGUUGCAUUGUCAAUUUGUUGACAAUGCAACAAAAUUACAUCCCUUUACUUGAGGGAGCACAGAAAAUGUGAUCCUAUAGGAUUUUUUUUGUGAUUAAAAUAACAUCCAGCAGCAGUUUGAUUUUUAGUAAUAAGUGUGGCCUGUUGACGAAUGUUAACAUUUCUGAUUAAUGUACAGCAUUUGAACCACAUGCAGUAAUACUUUAAUAAAUCCUUUUGCCACUUCCUGAAAGCAUGAUCAGCAUGAUAUACUGUAUGUCCAAAUAUCCUUAUUUUUGUAUUAUUUACAAACUGAAGGCAACUUGUCUGUUGGUAAAAUUAAAUUUGUUCAUCUGA